CGAAAGACGCCUCGAAUCGAUCGUAGUAGACAGUGACGGUUGACAAAGAAGAAAGCCGUUUCCAAACGAGUGCCAAACGAAACAUGGUAAGCAAAAUGUUGACCAUUGGCAACUCCACUCGUUUCGUUAGCAGGGUUAAGAGCGAGUACACACUCACCGGACCGAGGUCGAAUCGAUCAGGCACCGCCAGCCCGGUGAGCCCCCGGGAAACACGGAUCCCGGUGGCAAAGGCUACCGCAUCGCCAGUGACUGUGUUUCAAACGAAAAAAUGCAUUCCACGAAGGAAGCUGCACGUCGGUGAUGCCAAGUCGCAGCUCGGGUUCGGAAGUCCGGCCGGCAAGGUGAAGGACAUCAAGUAUGAAGAUGAGCCCGAGAAGAGCAACACUGACUGCCGCUGCGAUCCGGAGCUGAAGGGUGACGCCUCACUGCAUCCCAACUGCACGUUUGUGAACGUUUGCAGCGAGCAUUUGCGGAAUGGUUCGCGGCACAGAUGGCAUGUCGGUUCACUGUGUGCGGCUGUUGGGCGAUCGAUCGCAUUAUUUGUGCUGGUAGUGGCGGUGAUCGUUGUGGUGUGCAAUGUUAAUGUUUACGCGAUAUACUGGUUUUUGAGGCAGCACUGGGAGCGAACGGAAGAGGAUGAGCUCGAGGAAUCAACCGUGUACUACGAGGAGCCGGAAGACGAUUCAGCGCAAUCGAACGAACUAAUUGAGCUGAAUCCGAAAAUGUUCGGCCUAACGGAGAGUAAGCACAACCUCAGCUUACUGGAGCUGUUGGCAAUGACGCUGGAGCGUUUUUUCGGUUGGAUUGGCAGUAUUUUACUACCGAUUGAUGAGUGAGCUGUUGAUCGUGGUUGUUGGGUUGGUUGAAAAUGUAGUGAAGAAGUACCAUCAUCAUCAUCCAAUAAUCAAGUAUGUUAAACCUCAUCAUUGGCUUAUAAUUUUCCAAGCAAAUGUUUCUCAGUGUGCAAUAAUCAUAAUGUGAGAGCAAACGUU